UCACCAGCCGACCAAGAGACUUUUCUACGUUCAAUCCAUCCAUCACACUAGCGCAUCGACUCUGGGCCGUCAUCGUCGCUCUCACCCAUACCUUUGUAAAGGUACUUCAAAAUCGUCGAAAUCCUUAUAUGUCGCUGGACAACUUACAUAUACUAUGUUACUCCUUCUCCGUCUCUGCCUUGGCCAAUUACCAGAUUGUCGGCUAAGCAAAAGACGUGUCGAUGUCUAUCGGCUGCCCCACGGUCUCUGGUCAGACUUACUUCGCCAUUACGCCACUGGUUGACUACUAGUCAAUGUGCAUACACAAUAAUGGUCCCAACCAUAGAGCAUCGACCUAACCUAACCUAUUUGAUUCAAUCCCUUCCUACAAUUCAUUCAACAGGAUAAUAUAAAACUGCCUUUGUCUCCGUUACAUGCAGUAUCAUCGAUGGUGGACUCAAAGCUCUUCCAACCUAUCAGAGUAGGCAAUCUCACUCUCAGCCACCGCAUUGUACUGGCACCUGUGUCCCGUUACAGGUCAAGGGAGAGAAGCCAUAUUCCGUAUGUCUCGAUAAUGAAGGAGUACUACGCUCAGCGAGGCAGCGAUCCGGGGACACUUCUCAUCACCGAGGCGACGUUUCUGAGUGCAUGGAAAGAGAUAACCGACGCUGUGCACACCGAAGGGAGCUUCAUAUUCUGCCAACUUUGGGCAUUAGGACGUACGGCUGACUACACCGACCUCAAGGAGGAAAAUCCUUCCCUCAACAUUGUUGCACCCUCCGCCAUCAAGCUUGCUGACUCCUUGGAAACGCCACGCCCACUCACCCUUGAUGAAAUUAAAGAGUACCCUCAGCUCUUCGCGCGUGCAGCCUUCGACAUCAUACACAAAGCAGGCUUCGACGGUGUUGAGAUACAUGGUGUGAAUGGAUAUCUCAUCAACCAGUUCCUGCAGGAUGUGUCUAACCAGCGUAUGGAUGAGUACGGAGGAAGCAUCAAGAAUCGUGCUCUGUUCAGGUUAGAGGUUCUCGAUGCUACAGGAAUCAGGCUUAAUCCUUGGGGUACCACGCAGGAUAUGGGCAUGCAGGAUCCUGUACCCACGUUCUCAUACUUCGUGUCCGAGAUUAAGAAGAAGCAUCCUGACCUUGCUUACUUACACGUCGUGGAGCCAAGGAUCGCUGUUGAUAAAUUGAAUGCAUCAGAGUCGAAUGACUUCAUCCGUCGUAUAUGGGCACCGAAGCCGCUCAUUUCAGCAGGAGGAUAUACUCGGGAGAGCGCGAUGGAGACGGCUGAUAAGAAGGGCAAUAUCAUCGCGUUUGGAUGGUAUUUAAUUUCGAAUCCUGAUCUUACUGUGAGACUAAAGGACAACAUACCAUUCACGCUGUAUGAUAGAUCGACUUUUUACCUACAUGGGGAGGUCGCCGAAGGGUAUAUUGACUACCCUUUUGCUUCAGAAUUGUAGAUACAAUAUUUUGGUACACGGAAGACUUCGCACACAACUAUGAAAGCACAACAGCACACAAUAUUACUGAUUCGAACGCAUUGUAUUCAGGUCUCAUUCUACGCUUG